GAAUAUGUUUCACCGCUACCGUGCGCUGUCGAGUGUCGUUGUGACGAAUUGUGUUUCAUAGUUUUUCUAAUUUUUAAACCUUCUAAAACAUCAAUUAAGGUAAUGGAAACAUAGUUUGUUUACAAUGCAGUCCGUAGUGGCUUAUGUACGCAGUUUACUAGGCUGGUGUGAAGACAAUCCAACGACCAAGACAAGCUUUAAAAGAGACAGGACCGACGAUGAUUUCUCCUUUGAAAACGACACACCGACCCUGAAAAGACUUAAAAGACUAAGAAAAACAUCUUAUCCUGAUAUAAUGAAUUCAAGAGACACGUGGGAGGAAGAGAAGCCCAGCAAAAAUGUUAGAUAUGUUCCAAUACAGAUAGAAACUGGCCAUCCAAGUACUUCUACACCAAAUGAGAGUACAACAAAAGUAGGCAGCCGAGUAAGACAUGUUCCGAUCAAAUUUGUAGAUAUAUCAAGUAAUGGACCAUCGUCAACUCAAAGAAAACCUAGAAUGCACACACCUGUGAAACCUGUGAUUCGAGCAAUCAUUGAUGAUGAUGAGGAUGAUCAGGAGGUAACUUGGAUAGAAAGCAAACCAGAAAAGAAGAAACCUUCAAAAGUUUAUAUUAACCUUGAUGAUGAUGAUGACGACGAUGAGGAAGAGAACAAUGAGGAUGACGAUGUCGUAUUUGUUAAAAAAGUAACCUCUCCGCCUCCACCUCUACCAUACAAGUACUUUGUUAGUAAAAAUAACUUAACUGACACUAGAGAAGAAGAGGGCGCCACAUAUUAUAAAAUUUGUCGUAAAGCUAAUGAUAGGAAUACGUGUAUCUCACCUAGAGCAAAUAGUAAAUUCAAAACACCAGCAGGUAUAACCAAAGUAUACAGAAAAGUACCCACUCCGGUGCCCAGAUGGAUGCAGGCACCGAGGACGAAUCUCUCGCAGUUCAAAAGUAGAUAUUCAAAUUUAAAUGGUAAUACAAGAUCAACGUUGUCAGAAGUUUUUAAUUUAGAUGAAAAAAGAAACUACCAAGAGUUAAUUAAGAAAUUCUCAGAUACAACGAAACCUGUGUCGAUUGGAAAAUCAAGAGAUAUAAGUAGCUUGGCUGAAGAAGCUGCUUCAUUAAGACAAACGCAAAGAACUCAGAAGAGUGCAUUGAAUGAAAUCAAAUUGUUCGAAAGAGAUAUAAGUGUGGAGAAAGGGAGUGAAGAUGGAAAAGAAUAUGAUCCUAUAACUGUAGCAUCUAUCAAUUCAUCUGACUCAGAAGUAGAAGUAAUACCAUCCGAUGCAUCUACGUCUUCUUCUGUUAAGAUAGGUCCUAUAAAUACUUUACGUGACUCCUUUAAAGAUAGUGCGGUCACAUCAAGAGACUGGCUAUCAAAAUUGGAUUCUAAGUAUAAAAAGAAAAAGCAAGAAACUCAAGAGAAGUUAAACGACGCACGUCGUGAGUCAGAUAUAAUUUCGAAAGUUAAUUAUGAACAGAAAUUAGCACAUUUAGAGCAUAAGUUGAAAUAUGAAUUAAGUAUACCAGAGAGUUUAAUAGAGGAAGUUCCACCUGCUGUUGAGUUACCACCUCUUACUCCAGAACAAGAGAAAUUAGUAACAAAAGCAUUAGGGCCUGGUCCUCCAAAUCAAUUACUUGUCGAGAAAUUUAAUUUACGGAUACAUAGACGUGACCUCCAAACGUUAGCAGGAUUAAACUGGUUGAAUGAUGAAGUCAUAAACUUCUAUAUGAAUUUGCUGAUGCAAAGGAGUGAGGAAAAAUCUGAUCUACCGAAAGUGUACGCCACUAACACAUUUUUUUAUCCCAAGCUCAUGCAAAGUGGUCAAGCUGGUCUACGCAGGUGGACAAGAAAGGUGGAUAUAUUUUCCCACGACCUGAUGGUGGUGCCCGUCCACCUCGGAGUCCACUGGUGUCUGAGCAUCAUUGACUUCCGGAAGAAAAAGAUAAUGUACCUUGACAGCAUGGGUAGCUCCAAUCAAGCCUGCCUCGAUGCCUUGCUGCAGUACCUGCAUGACGAACACAAGGACAAAAAGGGACAACUCUUUGAUAAUAAUGGUUGGACUACUCAGAAUUUAAAGGACAUUCCUCAGCAGAUGAAUGGCAGCGAUUGCGGUAUGUUCGCUUGUACGUUUGCUGAGUUUAGUAGUCGAGACGCUCCCUACUCAUUCUCUCAGGCCCACAUGCCGUAUUUACGUCGUAAGGCCGCUCUAGAGAUACUACAGGCACGCCUUUUACUGUGAACUAAAUCAUAUAUUGUUUGUUACAUACAUUUGUAAAUGCAGCAGAGUUCUUCUGGAAACCACGAUCCACUAAAACAUGAAACUGCUUCAAGGGUGACUUAAUGUCAUG